GGGGGACAAAGGGACAGCGGGACAACGGCACACCGGGACAGCAGGGCGCGGGCGGGCAGCGCCGGGACAGCGGGGCAGGGGCAGCGGGGUGCGGCCGGGCGGGGUGUGCAGGGACGCCGUGGCGACAGGCCAAAGCAAUCGAGGCCAGAGCAUGUGGCGGCGCCUGGUGCACCUGGACCUGAAGGGCGCCGCGCCGCGCCCGCAGUACCUGGAGCAGCUGCUGCCGCUGCUCCGCACCCUGGGUGCCACCGGGCUGCUGCUGGAAUAUGAGGACACCUUCCCGUACACGGGGCCCCUGGAGGUGCUGCAGGCCCCCCACGCCUACAGCCCCGAGGAGCUGCAGGCGCUGCUGAGCUGGGCACGGGCACAGGACCUGGACGUGGUGCCGCUGGUGCAGAGCUUCGGGCACAUGGAGUUUGUGCUGAAGCACAGGGAGUUUGCCCAUCUGCGGGAGGUGAAGGAGCUGCCCAACGCCCUGAACCCGCACAAGGAGGAGUCACUGGCGCUGGUCAAAGCCAUGAUUGACCAGGUGAUGGCCCUGCACGAGAACCUGCAGUGGUUUCACAUCGGAUGUGAUGAGGUCUUCUACCUUGGCGAAGGAGAGGAGUCAAAGCAGUGGCUGCAGCAGCAAAACAACACUCCAGAGAAGCUCUGCUUAUCCCACAUCAAAGCAGUUGCCACUUGUUUGGCCUGGUCUUACCCCACGGUGACACCCAUCGUGUGGGACGACAUGCUCAGGGGGAUGAGUGAGGAAACACUGGCAGAGUCCGGGGUCCCACAGCUGGUGCAGCCCAUGAUCUGGGACUAUGGAACGGACAUCAACAUAGAGGGCAAAGUGCAGCUCAUCGAGAAGUACCGCAGGUGUGGCUUCUCCAAGGUGUGGCUUGCAAGUGCCUUCAAGGGAGCCACAGGAAUUAAUCAGUCUCUCACCCUGAUUGGGCACCACCUCAGGAACCAGCUGGAGUGGCUGCAGGUGGCCAGGAGGAGCCCCGCUGAUGUCCUCGAAGGUAUCGCGCUGACCGGCUGGCAGAGGUAUGAUCACUUUGCUGUUUUGUGCGAGCUUCUCCCUGUGGCAAUUCCCUCCCUGGCCGUGUGUCUGCAGACAAUAAAGAAUGGUGGCUUUUCUGAAAAGAUUAGAGAAAACGUGGAAAACAUCCUGGGAAUGCCUAACCUGGAAAUUGAUACUUUCAUGAGCCCAAGUCUGGGGACCUUUCCUGGGAGCAAUAUCCUCACUCUUGUGACACAAAUUAGUUUCCACCUCAAGUCCUCAGUGGAUGACCUUCUGGAAAGGAACAGGUAUGCCACAGGCUGGUUCACCCUCUACCACAGGAAAAGGAAGAUUAUUCAUCCUAUCAUAGUGCACCACUUCCAGCCAGAUGCAGUCAGGCUCUUCUCCAAGUGGAAUGCCGUGGUGCAAGACCUGCAAGUAGCCAUGGAGCCAGUUUUCCACAGGUGUGCUAUAGAGGAGUGGAUGGAGGAGAAUGUCCACCCCAGCCUACAGAAGCUGCAGGAAGUGCUGGAUGAUUUGGAUGAAGCAAUAAGAGCACAAAAUUAGGGGCAUUUCAAUUAGUCUGACUCAUUCCCUGGGAAAACGUGGCUAGUGAAAAUCAGCAACUAGCCCUUGAGCUGGAGUUUGUCAUCUUGAGAGUAGAAGCAUGAACUGUGGUUAAACAAAAGUGACCUGAAGGCAUGAAGGAAUUUAUUAGCAUAAAACACUUCAACUCAAUUUUCUUGUCUUAACACAUGCUGAGCCUUAAUUCACCUGCCUGGCAGGUGUUAAUGCAGGUUUGCUGCCCUUGCAUAACAGAGUGCAGGAGUGAGUCACAGCUCACUGUCCAAGGCAGGAGAAAAAGCCACUUCCUUCCAAAUCCAGGAUUUGUAGCAACAGACUCUUACAUAACAGUGACCUGGGAAAGCUCUACCCUAAUAUUUAGGAUACUUUAAAAAUGUUUGGGUCGUUCUGUUCUGUUCCGUAACUCCUUCACCUGUCAGCUGUGCUCCGAGUUGUGUCCUGCCGUUCAUUCAAGAGGAAUCAGGAGCGAGAGGGAGCUCCUGAGGCACUGACAGCUGGCCUUGGGGGGAAAAUGCCUUAAACACAUUGGGCUGCUUCACUUUGUGCCAGAGCAGCAAAGCUCAGCCCCGUCCCCACAGCAAAGCACCACCCCGCUCACUGAGGCACCUGUUUGGCUGUGUGAAACCUCAGACUGCAACCUGCACUGCCCAGCUUUGUCCCAAUUUGAGCCAUGACUAAAGCUACUACAUACAAGGAAAACCCUGGUUUGUUCUGCUUUAAUGUCAAACUUGUCAUAAUGUAUAGAAAUAUAUUUUGGGGACUUUUGGUGAUUAUCCCAAAUCUCCGCUCAAUGGAGAUAAUUCAAAAGUAUGGUUGUUAAGUAUGUUACUUCACCAUGAAUAUUCCAAAUACUUAUUUCUGUGCUUCAUUUAUGCCUUUCUUGAAAUUUUUUGGGGAGCACUGGUAUUGAAAUUUUCUUGGAACAAAUCUUAACAUACAGAAAGUAAAACUACACCAUAAGACAAGCUUCAGGUGACUCAGUGAGAGCCUCAGUAACCAGGUCCACAUGCAGAUCUUUAUCUAAAAAGAACCAAUUGCUAUGUUUGCCUGUCACACAGCUUGAACUAAACAAGAUCUUAAUUUAUUUUUACUUGAAUAAAACCUUUCAUACUCAAAGUGUUUGUAGAGGGUGUUGCCUUUUGUGUGUGUAGCAUUUUGGUUUGGUUUAAAAGAGGGAAAAUAGAAAUAUUCAUCAACAGAGAGUUGGAUCUCACAGCUUAUAUGGAAAUAAAAGCUGAACUGCUGCAGGAGUGUCAGCAGGGGCACUUCUAAGCAGGUAUUUGGGCUUCUUCUCUUCUGUCCUCCCCCUCGUGAACUCCUUCAGUAGAUCUGUUCCCAAUAAUAAUUUAGACAGCCAUUCAUAUUUUAAUAAUUUUAAUUAAAAACAAUACAAAAUACUACAGCGACGCAAAACAAGUUAUCAAAGUUGAUUUUAUCAAUGAACAUUUUUUUUAAAAAAAGACAACACAACAAGGCCUUGCUGAAAUUCUACUUGCAAUUUUAAAGUAAAAAAAAAAAAAGGCAAUUUCUAGACAUUUUCCAGAAGUGUUUUUGCCUCCCAGCCAUCUAUGACAGUGUCAGCACUAGCACUCUUUAUUGAUUACGUGAGGCAGCUGAGGUUCUGGCAUCUGUGUAACUCCAUCAAUACAGCUCGAGAGUCAGAUCUCAACUAUAAAUAUUUGGAUUUUCUUUGAGACUUGCACAAUUGAUGCCAGGUCUGGGCUAUUUCAUUGCGGAGUACUGGAAUAUGAGGUUACACCAAGGUUACUCAAAGCAGUGCUCUCCCUCUGCACAGCUGCACUCUGGCUUUUGCCAGUCCCAAUCCCAGCACAGCCACACAAGGAACUGCCCCUGUGCUGCCCAGGCACGAGCCACAGCACCUGCUAAGUGCCACUUACAGGGAGGGACGUGACAAAAGGGCUUGGUUUAGGGCUCAGGCUGUUAGAGCUCAUCUAAGAUCUGCUGUGCAGCUUCUUAUCAUUGAUAAGAAUUCUAUCAUUGCUAGCUCAUGCAAACUACAGCUGUCCAGGCACAAGUCUCUAGAUAGCCUGAGAGGCAGAAGUUAAGGAGUACAUCUCCAAGAGUGUCCUAGGAGUACCUGAUUUCCUGACCAAAACGAGCCUUUCACAUCAUUCCUUUGAGUCCAAGUCACUUCACAGCAGGCACGUGUAAGGCUCUGUUUACUGGGCUUUGACUUUGCUGGCCCAAGAGAAGGGAGGAAAACCAUGCAGGAAAGCCUUCAGCAGAACGGUGACAAGUGGCAGAAAAGGAGGAUGAGAGAGGACUCAUCCAGAGAGGGAAGAGUGGACCCUGUCCUGAGCUGCACCCGCCUUCCAGAGUUCUUCAAGCUGAUCCCAUUGCUGAGGAGUGCACAGACAUUCCACAACCAAAUCCGUGAGAACAGCACUUGCAAGUGCAUUGCACGUGCACAGUUACUGCUCUGCAUCUGGCCACGUCUUCCAGCUAAAAAUGAUCAAGUUCUAGAGGGCAGGAAGCUCCACAUGUGGAUCAACCCCAUCAGCCUGUGCUGACACUGGGGCAGCAUCCCACUGCCAGGCUCAGAUGGAUCAGUGCCACAGGAAGCUCCUGGGUGGAUCAGCCAGCAGUGCCUGACACAUCCCCACAGCAGCACCACAGCCUGCCAGAACCCAUCCUGCUAGCUCAGACCACUGAACACAGGUCCCCACUGAAACUGGACUUGAUACAGUGCCAGCUGCCAAAUGCAAGAUGGAAAUGGCACGAGAGGGUGGCACCAGCUGCUCCAAGGGAAAGGCUGAGGAGUCAAAAUAUUCCUCCUAGACACACAGUGCAUGGCAGCAGCCAGCCCUCUGCUGCCUAACAUGGCAGGAUAAUGAGGAGUGAGGAGGAUACUGCAAAGCACCUCUAAAGAGGUGAUCACUGACACCAACCCAACACACAGCUUACUGCACAGGAUGUAUUUCGAGUUACAUUGUCCCUUACUAUAGGUCAUUCCCCUCUCUAUAUUCUCAAUUUCCUUACACUGUUUUAGUCUUUGUCUAAGAUGUUGCAUAGUCUGUAAGAGUGGACAUGACAAACACCAUGAAUGCACAGCAAGCUGGGUGCACUGCAGCUCAGCACAAGCAGU